CUCUGUGCCAGCAGCUAAUACUCAGAAACCUAACUUGCUACACAUGGAGAGGCAUCUGUUUCUCAUACAUUGGAUUUCACUUUCUUAAAACAUUACAUUCAUGUAUACAGCCUGCUGCCUGCUAUCUGGAGAAAGAGUGGAGUAUUUAGCUGACAUCUGAGAAGAAGGAAUAUUGCUGGAACAGUUGAGUUUUGUGCUGAAGACUUCAUGACUGAAAAUAAUCUGCUAUCUUCAAGAAAUAAAAAGAUGCAAUAAAAAAGGACAAACUAUCUGUUGUUCAUAGACAAGUUUUUUUUUAUGUCUUGUGUAUUAGAGCAGUUAUAUGCACUAUAUGAGGCAGCACUUGCAUCUCAAUAGAAAGGGCUCAGUCUUGGUCUAGUACAAGUUACUGAAGAAAGGACGGUACCUAGAGGCUUCUUAUAGAGUACAGAAUAAUAAGGUGCAGGAGCCAUGCAGACAACGUUUCGGGGCUUUCAUCUCCUUCUCAAGCUGACCACUGUAUUAAUUCUCCUGGGAUUGUUCCGAGUUUUGUUAGCGGAUAUGUACAGCUCCAUGCUAAGUAUCCAGCAGGCUCUGACCACCGAGCGGGUCCUACUGCAGCACCUGAAGACUUAUAUCGAGCAGGAAAGUCACAGGCUCAAUGACUUGAGAAGGUUCUAUGAGAAGGUUGACGCAUUUCACCAUGGAGCAGACACUCCAAUAGCAGACCCUAUUCAUGCCUACACCCUGUUAAAGAGGCUGCAGUUAGAAUGGAUGAAUGUGGUACACAGCCUGGAGGCCAGCGAGAAUAUCCAAGCCCUGCAGAAUGGCUAUGAGCAGGUGAGCAAGUAUCUGCCCAUAACUGAGGAUGUUGAAGGUGCUGCCAAAGCACUUAUGAGGCUGCAGGAUGUCUACUCACUGAACGUGAAGGGUUUGGCGAAAGGAAUGUUUCAAAGAGACAUCAGCUCAGACCUUAGGUUCCUCUACAGCCCAGAGCAACUCUCUGCUAUGUCUGCAGACGACUGCUUUCAUAUUGGAAAGACUGCCUAUGACAUGGAAGAUUACUAUCACUCUAUACCCUGGCUGGAGGAAGCUGUAAGCCUGUUUAGAGCCUCUCAUGGGAACUGGUUUACUGAGGAUGAAGGGAGCCUGCAAGAUGCUCUGGACUAUCUGGCAUUUUCCUACUAUAAAACAGGAAAUAUUUCUCACGCUUUAGAUCUCUCCAGGGAGUGUCUGCUAUACGAUCCAGACAAUGGAAGAGUGGCUCAGAAUGUAGCAAAAUACGAAAGGAUUUUAGAGGAGAAAUCUGAAAGUUCAGAGGUUGAAGAAGCCAAAGUACAGAGGCCUAAUGUCACCCACCUAAGGACAAGAGACCUGUACGAAGGGCUGUGUCAGAAUUUAGGAUCCCAGCCGAUGCUCUACAAAGAUCCCAGGAUGUUGUGCUCCUAUGUAACAAACAACCACCCUCGGCUAAUACUCCAGCCCGUGAAGAGAGAGCUAGUCAGUCUAUACCCAUACGUUGUCCUUUACCAUGAUUUUGUCAGCGACAGGGAGGCUGAGAUAAUAAAGGGCAUCGCAUCUCCUUGGUUGCAGAGGUCUGUGGUCGCCUCUGGUGAAAAGCAGUCAGAGGUGGAAUAUCGUAUCAGCAAGAGUGCUUGGCUAAAGGACACUGCUCACCCAGUCAUCAGGAAAAUGGAUAACCGCAUUGCAGCUAUUACUGGCCUAAAUAUUCUGCCUCCCUAUGCUGAGUACCUACAGGUGGUGAAUUAUGGGAUAGGUGGACAUUACGAGCCUCAUUUUGACCAUGCCACAUCCAGAAAGAGCCCCCUGUACAGAACAAACACUGGAAAUCGCUUGGCCACAUUUAUGAUCUAUCUCAGUUCAGUGGAUGCUGGAGGAUCAACAGCCUUUAUUUAUGCUAAUUUCAGUACCCCGGUGGUAAAGAACGCAGCUCUGUUCUGGUGGAAUCUGCACAGAAACGGAAAAGGAAACGAGGAUACACUGCAUGCCGGCUGCCCCGUGCUGAUAGGAAAUAAAUGGGUGGCUAAUAAAUGGAUUCAUGAGCACGGACAGGAGUUCAAUAGACCAUGCUCAGUAAAUCCUGCAGACUGAAGGCUCCUGAGUUGUAGUAGAAAUUCAGAGACAGAGGUUGGAGAUAGAGGACCUCCCAAGUCUGCACUAGCUGAGCAAUUGGAUUUCCCCCCAAGCUUGUUAUAGCCAAGGAAUGAAGAAAGAGGCACAAAGACAAAGUCUCAAUAGCUAGAUCUCCUUACAGAAUCUGGCACCCAAAGCAAACAAGACGCACUGCAGUAAAUUAACAGAUUGUGUGUAUCAAAGAGGAGAUGAACAAAUGAAGACAAGAAGUAUUCAUUGCUGUAAGAAAGUCUGGAGUGCAAGGACUGGGGCUUACCAUGUGGUGCUGGCAAUGGUGAUAGAUAUUAUUUGCUGCAAGGAAUGACAGGGGGUGUCAUGUGUCCUGGGGGUGCAGUGUGCCCUAGGGAAUAGGGGAAUCCAUGUCCUAUAGGAAAAGGGCGUUUUUUGCCAUAUGUAAUUAUUGGGUAUCAUAGGGAUGUAGGAAAUGGGGUGUGCUACAGAGAAUGGGGGUGCCUUGUGUCCUAGGGGAUGCAGUGUUCCUAUUGGAAAAUGGGCAUUUUCCAAUAGGAGGAACUGUGUACUGCAGGGAAUUGUAGGAGCUGUGUGCUGCAGGAAAUGGGAGGACCUGUGUACUUCAGGGAAAAGGAGGAGCUGUAUGCUGCAGGGAAUAGGAGGAGCUGUAUGCUGCAGGAAAUGAGAGGAACUAUGUACUGCAGGGAAUAGGAGGAGCUAUAUGCUGCAGGAAAUGGGAAGAACUUUGUACUGCAGGGAAUUGGAGGAGCUGUAUGCAGCAUCAAAUGGGAGGAACUGUGUACUGCAGGGAAUAGGAGGAGCUGUGUGCUGCAGGAAAUGGGAGGAACUGUGUUCUGCAGGGAAUCUUAGGAGCUGUAUGAUGCAGGAAAUGGGAGGACCUGUGUUCUGCAGGGAAUAGGAGGAGCUGUGUGCUGCAGGAAAUGGGAGGAACUGUGUACUGCAGGGAAUCUGAGGAGCUGUGUGCUGCAGGAAAUGGGAGGAACUGUGUACUGCAGAAAAUGGGAGGACUUGUGUGCUGCAGGGAAUAGGAAGAGCUGCAUGCCGCAGGAAAUGGGAGGACUUGUGUGCUGCAGGGAAUAGGAAGAGCUGCAUGCCGCAGGAAAUGGGAGGACUUGUGUGCUGCAGGGAAUAGGAGGAACUGCAUGCUGCAGGAACUGUGUGCUGCAGUGAAUUGGAGGAGCUGUGUGCUGCAGGAAAUGGGAGGAGCUGUGUGCUGCAGGGCAUAGGAGGAGCUGUGUGCUGCAGAAUAUGGGAGGAACUGUGUGCUGCAGGAAAUUGGAGGAGCUGUGUGCUGCAGGAAAUUGGAGGAGCUGUGUGCUGCAGGGAAUGGGAGGUGCUGUGUGUGCUGCAGGGAAUGGAGGGUGUUGUGUGCUGCAGGGAAUGGCAGGAGCUAUGUGCUACAGGGAAUGGGGGGUGUUGUGUGCUGCAGGGAAUGGAGGUGUCUGUUGUGUGCUGCAGGGAAUAAGGGUGUCAUGUGCUGCAGAGAGUGAGGGUGUUGAGUGCUGCAGGGAAGGGGGGUGCUGUGUGCCGCAGGGAGUGAGGGUUCUGUGUGCUGCAGGGAAUGUGGGGCCCUGUGUGUGCUGCAGGGAAUGGGGCUGCUGUGUGUUCUGCAGGGAAUGUGGGUGCUGUGAGUGCUGCAGGGAAUGAGGAUGCUGUGGGCUGCAGGGAAUGAGGGUGCUGUGUGUGCUGCAGGGAAUGGGAGUGCUGUGUGCUGCAGGGAAUGAGGGUGCUGCAGGGAAUGGGGGUGCUGUGUGCUGCAGGGAAUGAGGGAGCUGUGUGCUGCAAGAAAUGAGGGAGCUGUGUGCUGCAGGGAAUGGGGGUGCUAUGUGCUGCAGGGAAUGGGGGUGUUGUGUGCUGCAGGGAAUGAGGGUGCUGUGUGCUGCAGGGAAUGAUGGAGCUGUGUGCUGCAGGGAAUGAGGGUACUGUGUGCUACAGGGAAUAAGGGUGAUGUGUGCUGCAGGGAAUGGGGGUGCUGUGUGCUGCAGGGAAUGAGGGAGCUGUGUGCUGCAGGGAAUGGGGGCUGAUGUGUGCUGCAUGGAAUGGGGGGUGCUGUGUGCUGGAGGGAAUGAGGGUGCUGUGUGCUGCAGAUAAUAGGGGUGCUGUGUAAUGCAGGAAAUGAGGAUGUUGUUUGCUGUAAGGAAUAAGGGAGCUGUGUGCUGCAGGGAAUGGUGGUUGUGGUGUGCUUUAGGGAAUGAGGAUGCUGUGUGCUGCAGAGAAUGGGGGUGUUGUGUGCUGCAGGGAAUGGGGGUGUUGUGUGCUGCAGGGAAUGGGGGUGUUGUGUGCUGCAGGGAAUGAGGGAGCUGUGUGCUGCAGGGAAUGGGGGGUGCUGUGUUCUGCAGGGAAUGAGGGAGCUGUGUACUGCAGGAAAUGGGGGUGCUGUGUGCUGCAGGGAAUUGGGGGGUGCUGUGUGCUGCAGGGAAUGAGGGUGCUGUGUGCUGCAGGGAAUAAGGGUGCUGUGUGCUGCAGGGAAUGGGGAUGCUGUGUGCUGCAGGGAAUAAGGGUGCUUUGUGCUGCAGGGAAUGGGAGGUGCUGUGUGCUGCAAGGAAUGGGGGAUGCUGUGUGCUGCAAGGAAUGGGGGAUGCUGUGUGCUGCAAGGAAUGGGGGGUGCUGUGUGAUGCAGGGAAUGAGGGUGCUGUGUGCUGCAGGGAAUGGGAGGUGCUGUGUGCUGCAGGGAAUGGGGGUGCUGUGUGCUGCAAGGAAUGAGGGUGCUGUGUUCUGCAGGGAAUGAGGGUGCUGUGCUCUGCAGGGAAUGAGGGUGCUGUGCUCUGCAGGGAAUGAGGGAGCUGUGUGCUGCAGGGAAUGAGGGUGCUAUGUUCUGCAGGGAAUGAGGGUGCUGUGUUCUGCAGGGAAUUGGGUGCUGUGUGCUGCAGGGAAUGAGGGAGCUGUGUGCUGCAGGGAAUUGGGUGCUGUGUGCUGCAGGGAAUGAGGGAGCUGUGUUCUGCAGGGAAUGAGGGAGCUGUGUUCUGCAG